CUAAGACUAAGCUGCAGCCUAGAGAGCUGAGAAUUACUCGUUUUUAAUAAUGGGAUCUUCUAGUUUGCUUUUCUUCUUUGUAUUUGCUGACUGGUUUUUCAUAAUCACAACAGCUGGUAGCAUAGCACCAUCGCCAUGUACAAAAAAUGGCAACAACCUUUAUGACUUGAUGCUGAAUAGUAGUCUAGAAACUUCCAAGUUGAUAAUGGAAAGCAAUUUUAUCCAGGAAAUUGAAGAUGGCUCUCUGAACCCAGGACGCUUUGCAAGUGCUACCCUACAGAUCCUACACUGUCAAACAGAGAUUGGAAAAAUGCUGAAAUAUCUAGCAAGAGAAGAUCAUAAUACUCUAGCACAAUUCUUUGCUAUGCAAGCUGAAAGCUACAGGAAGGGCUGUGAAGUUCUGAUGACACUAUAUAAACUUGAGACCGCCAGUUGCAUUAUGCCAAAAUCUUCAGCAAAGAAGUAUGUCAGCUAUUUCAAAUCACUGCUCCCACAGAACCGUAUCUACUUUGUAAUAGGACUAAUGUCCCCUGUGAUAAUGUGGCCUUAUAUUUCACAGAACCUGUCUAUCGAUCCCAGCAGCACCUAUUCCUUCAUGCUUAGUAAUGACAUCUAUGAUCCAAGGCCAGAAAUUGAAGGAAUACUUUCACAGCACUGCUCUUCUAUUAACAAAGUAAAAGCAAUGCAAGUAUUCACUGAUGGAAUAGAACAAGUAAAGAAUUUUUUCUAUACCUUAUAAAUAAUCUGCUCAUCAAAUGUUUGCAAUUUUUGAAUUAUGCAUUUUACAGACACAUUAAUAAAGUGCAGGCAAACAGUACAGUUUUAAUGGCAAAAAAGUCUUUUAAUUUAAAUGCUUACUGUUAUUUACUGCAUGUGCAGUUAAGACUAAAUCAAUAAAUGCUCUCUUUUUUUGCUAAAAGAUUUUUAUAAAAAUUCUGAAAGUUAACAAUAGAUAUCACAACAAAACAUGUUCAUUAAAUAAUUUUCAAUAAAUGUUCUUUGAAUCAAAUGGCAAACACCUCAAAAAAGUUUCUUAAAAUCAUUAGCACAAGACUCACUUUUAAAGUAAUUUGUCAUGUCAUUGCUUCUCCUUUGCCUUUUAUUUAUGUAUUGCGUGUAUGAUGUACUGCAUUAAAAUUCUGAAGAGUCAAUGU